GACUUUUUCUGGCCGCUUCCGGCAUUGGGAACUGGGUCUCCACGGCCAUCUUGGCCAUCGUCAAGGCGGCGACAGAAGGAGGUUAGCAUUAAGAAUUUCCUCAAAUUUUGUUUUCUUCGUGAUGACUUCGAGUAGUUGAUUGGUUUCUGAUGUCUUGAAGUGGUCCUCAAUAUGUGAAACAAACGUAGUGGCGUAUGCUAGAUUAGUAAGUGAUGUGUUUAGUUUGGUUUGGGGGGGGGGUGGGGUGGGGGAAGGAUCUCAAGUGAUAUUCUUACGGGCGUCAUGCCUUUAAAAUUAAAUUUCACUUCCUCGUAAUUUUUUUGAACUCACCUGAGUUAUAACCUGUUGGAAAAAAACAUGUGUGAUUACCCAUUGUUUCCAAUGUCAAUGUUACAUUUCUUUUGUUCAUUUCAAUGGGGGUUAAUCAUUGUAAUGGUGGAAAUCUGUUAAUAGAACAUUUGGACUUUCAGGCUGUACAUGUUUCGCCGUUUCCUCCCGUCCACAGAUCCGUGGUGGGGCGAUGAGAUCAACGAGACCAAGAUGGAGUACCUCAUGUUUCUGUUCGCCGGCCUGAUGAUGCUCAACUUCUUCAUCUUCUGCGUGGUGUCCCACUACUACACCUACCAGGACCCGUCGACUUUUGAGAAGGCCGAGGUCACUGUGACCUACGACGUGUCCAAAUCGGAUCCGUCCACACCCGGAUACAACUCGUUCGGCCUGAAAAAUCCGAACGACGGACCGGACAGUCACCAAAUUGGAACGAACGAGAAAUUACCAGACGGGUCGACGCCCUUUUAAAUAAAGAGCUGGAAACGCCCAUGCUUAUAUCUGAUGGUUGUAAUUGGUGUGGGCUGAAUCUGCUAGGAUUGGAAGAAUGUGCUUUGACUGUGGGGAAUUUAAUGGGAUCGGAUGAAUGGGAUUGUAUGAUUGUAUUUUGACUGAAAUGAAAAUAUGAUGUAAUUGGCAAAAUAUGAUGUAAUAGGGAGAUUUUGAUGUGAAAAAAAGAAGAACUGUCCGUGAUUGCUAUAACGUACUGUCAUUUUUACUGUGCUGUGUGUACUUCAGUGGUUGAACAACUAGCCCAGUGAAUCUAUAAUGUUCCAUGUCUCAAUAUUUCAUGGUGAUCAGUUUCCCUGAGUUAAUCCCGGUUAUAUAAUGUUUUAAUGGUGCCACGUGACGAGCACGUGACCUCAGCGCCUGGUUGACAAAAAAAUUAUAUCAAUGACGAUGACGUGAUCAGAUAUGAGGUAACAUGUGUUGUAUGAAAUUAAUCAGGACCGUUUUUGAAUUCCUGCCAAAGACCAUCGGGGACUGGAGCAAGCUUCCGAAAGAAACAGUUGAGGCGACAACACUUGACACAUUUGCGUCUAUCGCCUCAGGCCUUCCAACCCCCAGUUCUUGAUACCCUCGCUGAGUAGCCCUUGCAACCAGUGAAAUAUCCUUUUCAACACCAGGCACAGAAAACAUUGCGAACUCCUUCUACAUGCAUAGGAGCCAGAGUGAUCAAUACAUUGAUCGUGGGCCCUUAUUAUAAUAUACAAGAAGAAAUAACCGAAAAUCCAGCGUCGACAUUUCUCACGCUUACUUCUUCAUUGUUUUAUGUUAGACACACCUAAUUUUAAAUGGUGGCAUUUUCCCGUCUGAUAUUUCAUGCAACCGUAAUGUUUUCUGAUUUUUUUUUUUUAAUCUCUUGGCAUUAGCUAUACGUUUUUACGAAUUUUUAGCUCUGAUCCAAUACUAUCUAAAUGUUAAUUACUCUCAUUAAGGCAUUAUAUUAUGUGUUCUUUUAAUAGCCUAUCUCAAAAUGUGUGGAAAGACUGUAAGACUCUCAAGUAUGUUAUUUCUGUCGAUUAUAAUUAGUCUUUUACCCAACAGAUCAUCGUUGCUUUAUAGGUUUUAAUGGAUGUCGAAUGAAGGAUUUAUUUUGCAUCCAAAUAUCCAGCAUGACGUUGACAGGGACUGGAUGCCGUUGCAGGCGAAUCAUUUAACGUUGACAAGGCAUUCGACAAAAUAUUAUAUCACCUGGGUAAUGAAAGGUGGACAAAAACUAUUGGACAUUUGAUAAUUAGGGCGGACAUAACUGGUUCAUAAAUCUAUCCAAUGUCAUGUUUGUCAUUCGGCCAAAGGGGAUAUUUCCAGGAUGUUUAUUAACUGAUUCCAUAAUGAUGGUUCAAUAUAAAAAAAAAAAAGAAAAGCGAACAUGAUUCUAUGAAUGGUAAUUAAUGUAAGUGGGUCAUUAUACAUGAGUUAUUAUACAUGAGUUAUUGUAUUAUGUAUGAAUUAUAAAUAACCUAAAUCUACAUGACAUAAUAUGUAUAACUGAGCUACAAAGUACAUGACUUUGAAACAAAAAAUGUGUAAAUAAUUACUUACAUAUUUCAGACUUAUUUACACAAAAAAUAAAUAUGACUUAUAUAAAUAUUUAUACUUGAUUCACGUUUGACUGACACUUAAACGGAAACAGGGUCCAAACAUAUUGUAGGUUAAUCUGUCUAUUUAAAACUGAAUAAAGAUAAUGUGUAUAUUUUUUUACAAUCAACUCACCUACUUAACAGUUCUUUAGAAGAGCUUGUUUACGUCACCACUGGUCACUGUCUGGCGUGACGCUUUAGUUCUAAGAGUCAAAGUCAGUUCUUGACCCUGCCAAGCGUCAGGAGGAUGAACACGUGACUCACUUCUGACGGGCACGUGACUGCGGCAUUAUAAAAUCUCGCCGGGUAACUUUAUUGUAACUCUUUUUUCCCCCAUAGAAGUCAACGUUAACUUUGCUGGCUAAAUAAACAAUAGGAAAAUAGUUAUCGCGGCACACGGCAAUGGAUGACGACAUAGCUCAUCAUUGACUCACAGUGUUCGUCGUUCGCCUGCGAAGAUGACCAAGGCUAGACUGUGAGCGGUAGCCUUGACCUGAGCUGCACAUUGUUUAAAAAUGAGGGAGAGCUGCUCCAUUCGCCAGCCUCACUCUCUCAUCUUUGCCUAUUGGAUCCAACGGCAAGAAUAUGGUCAAGGUGGCUGGAAAUAGACCAGUAUGCCGUAGACGACCAGCAGUAUUUGUAUAUUUGAUACAUUAAUUUCAAAUCUUCCAUGACACGUAUCUAAUGACACAGAUUCCAAGACCUUAUCUAAUGACUCGGAUUUUCAAGACCUUAUCUAAUGACUCGGAUUUCCAAGACCUUAUAACAACAAAAAAAACGUGCAAAACUACAACUGCAACUGCCGGAACAGCUUAGGUCUGAGAUCGGCAACGUUCGGCUCUGAAGCCGCAUUCUUCGACUCUGACGGAGUCAGUGCGGCUACUCUUUUGUGGUUUUUGUUGUUGUUGUUACUAAUCAAUAAUGAGAUGUAGCUCAUUAUAUUCAUAUUCAACGGUUAUAAUUCGUAAAAAUGGCUCGUCAACACUAACUUUUUUUUUUUAAAGUUGCUAAUCCCUGGCUUGUGCGACCUUUUUUUUCUCAUUUUUAUAACUAUUGGUUUAAUCUACAAUCGCCUAAUAAUUGUAUUCUAUUUUAGAAAUAGACAUUAAAAAUUUGAAUAGCGUUCAUAGAAUUCUAUUGCACAAGUAUAUUUUGUUUUACAUGGUCUUGAAUACAAUUCAACAAAUAUACUUUUUUUUAUAAUGUAUAAACAGACACAUUAUUUUUUUGUAUUUGUUUUUGUUUUUUUUAGGUCAUACAAAUUAUUGUGUCUCUAAAGCUGCUUUCUGUGAUUUCAUGAUGUGACAUUUCCUGAUUGUUUUAUUGAUGGUAGACGCAUCAUUCCAACCAAUGUUUCAAUACAAGAUGUUUCGAAACAAAAUUUUACUGAUAAAUUAUACUUAUUUUAUUUUCGAUCGCUCCACGGGUCGUAGCAAUCUGUCACCAAACACACGCACGAUCACAUGUACUAAACCACCACCACCAAGCUCAAUUUCUAUAACUAGCACACAUCACGAUGUUCCAAACACGCUUCACGAUGUCAGAAACACCAUUGACGAUGUUACAAACACACAUCACGAUGGUCCAAACACGCUUCACGAUGUCACAAACACACUUCACGAAGUCACAAACACAAAACACACAUCAUGAUGUCACAAAAACGCUCCACGUUGUCACACAGCAAUCUUCCCCUAUAAUCGUUCAUGACCUCAGAUAUACCUUUGUUACCAUGGAUACAUUUCAAAAAGCCAUCGGCGUGUCCAAUCAUGUUGAGGUGAUUUUUGUCAAGUAUCUCACAAUUAUGAUUGCAAUAAUCAAAUGUUUUAUCUCAUUAAACUGCUGCAUUGUU